AGUACAGAGGUUGUAGUGGUGGUGUGGGUCCACUGCCAUCAUGCGGUGGUAAGACCCAUUGUACAAGGACUUAAAGAGCAGACACUACAUCUGCACAGCCGUUUGUCAAAUAAAUGUCCUCUCAUAAAACCGCUCAAGUGGACUAAUUAUCCUGACUUUUAAUCAGCCUAUGUGGAAUCUACAACUCAGAUAAGUGGGACAUUUUUGAUCAUCUGGAAAUAUCUCAUUCUGUGCUGCUCCAGCUUGAGAUAAUUGUAUUUAUUUAAUAUAGAUUUGAAAUAAAUGAGAAAAGAGAAGAGCACUCCGAAGUUUCCUUACUUUUUAAUCGCAGCAUGGACGUUCUGGGCCGCACUUUCUUUGUUCUCAUGAUUCUUACAGUUUUUAACAUGGACUUCAAAUCCCAUGGCACACUAAACAAAUCUAGUGUUGUUUCUUGAACUGUUUGUUCUCUUUUAUGACACUGGCUUUUUGUUAGGUUUUAAACAUAGCAAUGAAUAGACGUAAUGAGAAAAGGUCAGUAUCAUCAACAGCUUACAGAGACAGAAGACUACAACGUUAUGAUUGCGCAAAAAGUGCGCAAUCCCUUCCAUCCCGUGCGUUACUAUGCCGACAGCAGCGCACACACCAGACACUUGAGGACGUCCAAACCAAACUCUGGUGGUGCUGUGCGCUGCUGCGUAACUGUGACAGAUGUGUACAAGACACUACCUCACCAGAUGUCAAACUCAGAUGUUGGAAGUUGGUGUCUCAGAGCUGGAGCUCUUCAGAUAGACAGAGACACGAGAGACACACUCAUUUACAGCCAUGGAGAAGUUUGCAUUUUUAUUCAUUUACUUGGUCGAUAUUCUGAUGUGUUUGGGAACUGCUCAGCACCAUUUACGCGCACACGUGGGACCGUGGAGACAAAGGUUCCAGUGGGAAAAUAACGGCCGUGUGUACAGUUUGUUGAGCACCGGGACCCAGUAUCGGCCACCGGCACAGAGCAGAAGGAGCACGCAGGUUUUCCUCACAACGAAGAACGGGUUUAAUCAACCUGUUGCAUCCACCACAGUCAGACCUGGGGACUCCACAGACAUGGCACUGGGUCACGCGCAGCAAAACCAGCAAAUGGACACCUCGGUUCUUGGUGCAGAUGCGGGUCAGUAUCUGCUGGCGGGACACAGUCAGUCCUCACCGCGGAUCAUAAACACAAGGGAGACUGUGUUUGGAUACCGUUCACGCGGGCCACCAUCCAACCGCAGCGCUCCUGCCUUCAGCUCCAUCCAGGAGUUCUCCGGCAGCGGAGUUCCACGGGGAGGCCGGAGCACUCCUGGGGAGGACGCACCGCAGGCCACCUUGGCACCUGUACGAGCGCCGGACUUUACGCCCAGCAGACCAAGAUCAGAGAGCAUGGGGUCAACAACUACCCGGACAUGGGCCACUCCUUUAUGGGCUGAUAACGGGUGGAACGGACGCCGCAUCCCCCACCAGACUAGUUUAUCCGCAGACGUCCGGAGCGCACACGGAGCGCGGCCACUCAGUGUCUCCCCCACUGCGCCGUCCGGUAACGCCGUGGAAAUACACUUCCCACGACCCAGAGUUGACACAGCACAGGCUCCAGACACAGGUGACCCACGAGACCCACACAGCAUUCAUCACAGGAACUCAGUUUACUAUGACGUUUACCCACCGGACCGCAGGAACCGGCAGCCUGCGCGGCCUCCACCGGGAACAGGCUUCGGCACCAGGUUCUUUCAUAACGGUCUCCCAGACUUGGUUCCAGACCCCUACUACAUCCAAGCUGCCUCCUACAUACAGAAAGUACAGAUGUAUGCACUUCGCUGUGCUGCUGAAGAAAACUGCCUUUCCAGGAUGUGUGCUGGCCUCACUCCCAUUUGGAAGCUCCAGUGGAAUGACAGACUGAAACCUGGGAGCCGAAUGAACUCCUCUUCUCUGAUGUCUGCAUACCAUCCAAGUGUGAGUGACCUGGAGUACAGAGUCCUACUGCGAUUCCCACAGCGAGUGAAGAACCAGGGAACGGCUGAUUUCCUGCCAGUGAAGCCCAGACAUGAGUGGGAAUGGCACAGCUGUCACCAGCACUAUCACAGCAUGGAGGCUUUUAGUAACUAUGACUUGCUGGAUGUCUCCACUGGACAGAAGGUGGCUGAAGGACACAAGGCCAGUUUCUGCCUGGAGGACACGUCAUGUGACCCGGGGAUCCGACGCCGCUUUGCCUGUACAGCUCACACACAGGGGCUUGGACCUGGUUGCUAUGAUACAUAUCAUGCCAACAUCGACUGCCAGUGGAUUGACAUCACUGACAUACCACCAGGAAACUACAUUCUUAAGGUGAUGGUGAACCCCUCCCAGCUGGUUCAGGAGUCUGAUUUCUCCAACAAUGAGGUUCGGUGCAACAUCAGAUACACAGGAAGCUAUAUACAAGCCACAAACUGCAGGAUCACCAGAAGCUGACACAACUGAAGGGACAACUUUUCCACCACACACAUGGGUUUAAUGCCUUCCUGUUGUUUGCUUCUAUCCUGAAAUAGACUGGAUUAUUUAUAACAAAUGUAGCUGAAGGCAGACUGGCUGUGUUUUCAUGUAAAUUAUUAUAUUUUUUAUAUUCUUUAUUUGUGGCUUUUUCAGCAUGUACCUUGAGUUGUAUGUACGCAGUGUGUCUUAGGAAAAGUAUGAUACAUAUGUAAAUUCUUUCUCUGAUUUGAGUCAAACUAUGUGGCUGAACGGUUCCUGGAGAGAAAGUGGUGCUCUUCCUGUAUUCAAAUUUUGUCUCUGCAGAUUAAAGUGUCUCUGUUUCCAGUGUACAGAUAUACACAAGUUUUGGCAGUGACACAAAUUUUGUUUUUGCAAGCUUUGUUGCGUCAAUGUUUUAAGAUUUUUUUUUAAUCAUAUGUUUCUGUGGUACAUUGAAUAAUAAUUAUAAUUAUCUUAUUGGCA